AUUGUGGUAAUUGCAAAUGCUUAAUGGCUUUAAUUUGAUUAAUUAUGUAAACAAAUAAAGGAUUUUUUUUAUUUUCAGCGGCAAGAAAAAAAAAACCUUGCGGUCAAGGAUAACCCGUGAAAGUGCAAGCACUUAUUUCCAACGGAGUCCUUUGUUUUUUGCUGAAGGGACAGCACGCUGAAGAGACAGUGGUGGAAUACAAGGAAGGCCGGGUGCAAUAUCCUAGCUCUUUUUCGAAGAGACCCCUUGGUUCUUUUACGUGCUCGGUGUAAAGCACCGAUACACGGGGUACAACUUUCUUGGUUAAACCAGUACUGAGGUACACCGCUUUUCCAAGCACUACCCUUUAAAUGCCAAGCGCCAGGCAAGGGAGCUACUUGUACCAAUUUUUAAUGUCUUUUGGUAUGACGCGGCCAGGGAUCGAACCCACGACCUCCCGCUCUGUAGGCGGAUGCUUAACCACUAGGCCAAGGAGACGGUUACGGAGACGGAUGUUUGCAUCAAAUGUUCCCUGCUUGCAGUGUAUGGGCUGCGUUGCAACAGGAAUAUAAAACAAUGCAUUUGCUAGAGUUUUGUAAACGCUCGCCUUACUGAACGCACUGCAGGUUUUGAUAUUUUGAACUUUCAAGCUUUCAAAUUUGGAAGAUUUCUUCAGUAUAACAGAAGUGUUAGUACUUCCAAGGAAUCAAUUUUGGAAGUUUUAACCAAAUCUUAGGGAGUAAUAUACUUCCAAACUUCCUUUAACGGAAGCCCUUUUUUUUAAGCAUAGUUUAUUUUUUAUUUCAGUUUAGGACUAUACUGUACAGUAUAUAUAUAGCACAUGUCUUUGAAACAGUUACUUCUUUAAGCUUUGAUGCUAAUUCAAAUAAUAAAGUUUCUCUUAUGAUUUUAGUUUCCUUGUAUGCUUUACAUAUUUUAAAUUGUUGAUGAUUUUAUAUAAUAUUAUAUAAUUCUUUAUACAGUAUGCUUACAAAAAAACUAAAAUGAGUAUAGUAUUUAUUUAUUUUUUAUUUCAACUCUGGUCUGAAUGAGGUUACAAUAUAUUCUGGUACUCAUGCAGUAACCUGUUGUCCAGUGGUUAACGCACUCGCUUCUCACCUAGCUGACCCGGGUCCUAUUGCAGGCCUCUCUGGGAGCAUAUGAGUUUGGUUUGUGGUCACCAAGCCGGACAAGUGGGUUUCCUCCGGGUACUCCGGUUUCCCCCACAACACAAGACCACAGUCUCACCUAAUAAUGUGCCAACAGAGUGAUUACUAUAAUGUUGUUAUAAUUUGUUUCAAAACCAUUGUAAAAAAAUAAGUUUAAACUAUUCAGUAAUCUUGAAUUUCUGUAAGUGAUCAUGUGAUGCCUUUUCUUUGACUUCAGGCAGCAUUAUGUCGGUAGUCCAAGGUACUGCGGCUGUAAAUCUUCCAAUCAUCUCCAACAAGAUGGUACCUAAACGCUAUGAAGAGACAAAGCCAGUCCUAAUACAAGGUUGUGCUCAUAACAGGAUCAUAGGUUUAGGCCAUGAGUUGCACAAAAAGGAACUGGAGAAAGCAGAACAGGAGAAGCUUCAUGCAAUGAGAGUUGCCGAACAAGCAGUCUGGGAGGAAGCUGAAAAAUUAAAAGUGAUAGCAUUGGAAAAGGCCAAAGAAGAAGCUGCCAUUGAACAGGAAAGGGUCAUCAAGAAACUGAAGAAGCAACAGGCCAAAGCCCUACUGGAGGAGGCUUUGAAGGUUGAAAUGGCCAUGCAAAAACUUGCCAUUGAACAGGUCAAACAGGAGCGAGCAGAGGGUGAACAGAGGCUCAAGAAGGCCGUCAAGGAAACAGAACAAAGAUGUAAGCGGGAACUUGAAGCAGCUGUUGACAAGGCCAGACAAGAGGAGAAGAAAAUAGCUGCGGACAAAGCAGAAAAAGUUGCACAAGAGAACCAGAAAAAGUAUGACAUUGCAAUUAAAAAAGCCCAGAAUGAAAAAGACCAAGCUUUGAAGGAACUUCGCGACUCCAAGGAUCUAGAUCGUGCUAAGGCUGUACAGGAAGCAGAAAGUCGAGAAAGGAGAAUCGCCACGGAGAAAAUCCUCUCUCUCACAAGGCAGUAUGAGGCCGUGAUAGAAGAACUUAGAACAGAAAUCACAAAAAGAGAGGAAGAAAUUAAAAGAAUCAUCAGUGAAAAGGCUCAGACUGAGAAGCAGAAAGUUCACGUUGAAAAUUGUUUAGUAGACACUCGUAAAGACUUCCAAGACUUUAUCGACAAUCUUCCAGCUUACGAUAAAAUGCAGGCAGAUUUUUUGCUGCCUAGAGUGUAUCUGGAUGAAUUGGAAAGUAAGGGAUAUUCUAUCACCAUGCUCAGACUGCCUGUUACAAAGACUGUGAAAAAGAAGAAAAGUCAAGCCUCAAAAUAAAUUUUCUUACACUAAUCUACACACUUGUAGACUGUAAUUUUUAACCACCAAACUUCAUCAGUGGUUACCUGAUUCAUAGAUUUAAAAACCCAGCUUGACAUGUUUUUAAGAGAUAGUGAAUACAUGAAUUUAUAUUAUUACAUUAAAGACUUGACAGGGUCAACAUGAGAUUAUUUGAAAAUCAUCUUAUGACGAAUUAGUACUGUGACUUUCUGGCACUAAACAUUCUACUUUACUUUUUUUUUUAAAUGCAAUUUCAAAUGAAAAAUCAAAACAUACAGGUGUGCAAUAUUUUACUUGAAUAAGAAUUAAUUACACUAGAUGUUGAACAUUUGAAAUUUAUAAUGAAAACAAUUUUAAAAUCAGGUUUCAAGAUGGCCUUUGUGAACAGAAAGGAGUUGUUGAUUUUUGUUACUUGUUUAUGAAAGCAUUUAUGUUGUUUCCAAAACUGCUGAUAUUUAUGUUUUUUGAAGUCUUCCAACAUUAUAAGCUUCUCUGUUUUUUGGAAGACAAUAGUAAUUCCUACAUUAUAAACUUGUCUGUGUUUUGGAAGACAAUAGUGUUGUACUACAUUAUUAGUCCUGGCUUCCUUAACUUUAAUGUUGAUAUUUAUUUUUUUGAUGUUUACAACACAUUAAAGUUAUGGCGUAACCCCCAUAGUAAAGUCAACCAGAAUCAAUUGAGUGUGAUGAUGCAAUGCAAUCACAUGACCAUGAUGAUGGAUUCUAUUUAUAGCAUCGGAUUCACAUUUAGUUGAAUCCAAUUGCAGUAAGGCUGUAAAUACCUUUUGAUAAGUAAAAACAGUUUAUUUAUUCCAAAUUUGUUAUUAGUUAUUUAUUAAUUAUUUGAAAUAGAAAAAAUAACAGCAAAAUAAACACUAGGUCACAUGGGUAUUUUCUGAAAAUCUUGGUGUCACGUGAUUAAAUUUGAACACAACUAUGACCUAGAUAAGGAAUGCUUGCAAUAGGAUUUAUUAAAAUGCUAAAUCAACUAUCUUUAAAGCGUUUUUUUGUUUUGAAAAUGAGUUUGUGAACUACAUUUUACUUCAUUAACCUAAGGAUACAGCUAAUUUGUCUGUACAAUGCAUACAAGUGAAAUAACAGCGUGACAUAAAAAUGUCACGAAUUCUGGUAGGGUUUGGAUACGGCGUUCUCUUCAGCGAACACAUCCAAAAAGGUAAUAUAUAACGUGUUCGCUGAAGUUCUUUAGCUACUACAUUAUAAGCUUGUCUGUUUUUUGGAAGACAAUAGUGUUGUACUACAUUAUAAGCUUGUCUGUUGUUUGGAAGACAAUAGUGUUGUACUACAUUAUAAGCUUGUCUGUUGUUUGGAAGACAAUAGUGUUGUACUACAUUAUAAGCUUGUCUGUUGUUUGGAAGACAAUAGUGUUGUACUACAUUAUAAGCUUGUCUGUUGUUUGGAAGACAAUAGUGUUGUACUACAUUAUAAGCUUGUCUGUUGUUUGGAAGACAAUAGUGUUGUCCUACAUUAUAAGCUUGUCUGUUGUUUGGAAGACAAUAGUGUUGUCCUACAUUAUAAGCAUGUCUGUUGUUUGGAAGACAAUAGUGUUGUACUACAUUAUAAGCAUGUCUGUUGUUUGGAAGACAAUAGUGUUGUACUACAUUAUAAGCUUGUCUGUUGUUUGGAAGACAAUAGUGUUGUCCUACAUUAUAAGCUUGUCUGUUGUUUGGAAGACAAUAGUGUUGUCCUACAUUAUAAGCUUGUCUGUUGUUUGGAAGACAAUAGUGUUGUACUACAUUAUAAGCAUGUCUGUUGUUUGGAAGACAAUAGUGUUGUACUACAUUAUAAGCAUGUCUGUUGUUUGGAAGACAAUAGUGUUGUACUACAUUAUAAGCUUGUCUGUGGUUUGGAAGACAAUAGUGUUGUCCCACAUUAUAAGCAUGUCUGUUGUUUGGAAGACAAUAGUGUUGUACAACAUUAUAAGCUUGUCUGUGUUCUGGAAGACAAUGGUGUUGUCCUGCACUAUAAGCUUGUGUUUUUUGAAGACAAAAUGUUGUAGUAUUAUGUCAGCCUUGAGUGUUAUCCUUGUGCAAAAGCCUCAACCUUUGCCAUAACUCAAAAACUCCUGAGAACUCUGGCUUUUAUAAUCCAGCUCUUAUUUUAGAUAGUGUAUGUUUACACCCUCGGGAAUACAUCUUGUUCUUUUAUAGUUUUUUGUUUAAAUAUCAUGAACUGAAUGUGUGUACACAGAUACUUUUUUAUAGUUUUGUUUUUAUUUUGGAAAUUUAUAUUUUUGUUUUAAUUUGGCCAAUCUAGCCAGUUUGUUUUGUUAUAUGAAUAUAUUCUGUUGGUGCAAACUUAGGACUGUUUGUUCCUGUUGCAUCCCUUCUUGAUGUGUUAUGAUUUGUUGGGGUUAAUUACCGGGUAUAAAAACAGAUUUUUCCCUUUUCAUCCCAUUUGUUUGCAUUCAUACAGAAAACUCGUUAUAAUAAUAUAAGUACAGUGUAUCAAGAAUUGGUGUGGGUUAGAAUCUGAGGUGUACAAGUGUCACAAGUCCAAGUGGCAUUACAUUAAGGACAAUAGAACCAUUUUCACUUCCCUAAUAAUAUAUUUGAAUUUAUUGCAUGGUUUUAAUUUGGAAGAUCUGCUGCAGAAUUGUAUCUGAUAUCUUUUUUGAUGUUUUUGCCACUAUUCUGUACACAUUUUGUUACUGAUUUGUUGCAAAUUGUUAAUUAUUUAUAUUUGAAUAUUAACGUUGAAUAAAGCAUUAAACAA